AUCCAAUACAAUACACCAGCUGUAGAGUUUUGGCGUCGGUGGCUCCCUCUCUUCUGUCGUCUUCGGGGGGUUUACGACUCUUACUCUGUGUCUAUCUGUCUGCACUUUCCCGUUCUUAUAUGGGCUAAAUUGCACAAUUCUAAUGUUUGAGGAGACGCAAUAGCCACAUACUAACUUCUCCUCACUUAUAGUGUAGACACGCACGCACCCAUAAGCACGGUCUUUGUGCCUUGUGGAUAUUUAAGAUUGGAUUUGCACUGGGUUUUGUUUAUUUUGGACUCUUCAUUACUUUUCUGGAUUCCCUGGUCUCCAACGCUUCAGAGGUUCCUAUGGCUUCCUGCGGCUUAGGAGCUUCAAAUAUUAAACUUCCAAAGUUGGAUUUUGACAGAGCAAGAGUUGGGAAUCUGAGGCAAGGGAAUGGCACCAGGACAUGGAUAGGCAGGAGAGAAGUACAAUAUGCAGGUCUCACCAUAUCAUAUGAACCAAAGAAAGUAUUGAGCAUGUGUUGUGGUCCAAAACUGGAAACAGAGUCUGCUACAAAUAGAGUGGACGGCUUCAAAGAGAUUAAAUCAUCUGAUUUAACAAGCCAACUUAUUCCAAAUUCAACUGAGGUUGAAUCUCUGGUCACAGAAAUAUGCAACACAAGUUCUAUUGCAGAGUUUGAAUUGAAAGUUGGAGGAUUUAGGCUAUAUGUGGUGAGGGACUUAACUGAGAAAAGUAAAGUUCCACCUCUGCCUACUCUUGCUUCUGCCUCUGCCUCUGCCCCUGCUCCUGCUCCUGCUUCCCCCUCUGUCAGUGUGGAUACCAGUAUCAAGGCACCUGAUUCAAAUGGGUCAGUGUCUUCUACAUCUUUGGCCAUCUCCAAACCAGUACCUUUUUCAGGAGGGAUUAAAUCAUUUCUGGAUAGAGCUGCAGAUGAGGGCUUAAUGAUAUUGCAGUCUCCAAGGGUGGGUUUUUUCCGAAGAUCUCGAACUAUAAAGGGAAAACGUGCUCCCCCAUCAUGUAAAGAGAAGCAAAUAGUGAAGGAGGGCCAAGUGAUUUGCUACAUUGAACAGCUGGGCGGCGAGAUUCCAAUUGAGUCUGAUGUAUCAGGUGAGGUGAUCAAAAUACUGCGGGAGGAUGGCGAACCUGUUGGAUAUGGUGAUGCUCUCAUUGCAAUCCUUCCAUCAUUUCCUGGGAUAAAGAAGCUUCAUUAGUAGAUGAUCUAAAUAUAUAUCCCAGCAUUAUUGAGGUGAUUAUACAAUGUGAGCCAUCUGUCCUUCUGUGCACUAACCAUGCAUGGCAGAAUGUGCAGUUGUGUGAUCAUUGCUGUUUAGUGGGAUCUGUUACUCAAAUUUGAUGCUAGUCAUGGAUAACUUCCAAAGUUUUGACAUUGCUCAAUAAAUGUAAUUGAACAUAUACAACUUCUCAGCUGUGAUUUAUUCAUCAAUAUAAAGACUUCUUUUAAUUAUUA